CCACCCUCCUCCUCUUCUUUCUUUCCUCUCAUCAACAUUACAGCAAUCGCCUCAGAUAUUAUAUUCGCCUUUCAAGCUUCCUAAAAUACUUAAAGAUAUUUCUUCAGAAACCAAGUACUUACCAUCAAUAUGAUGGAAGUCAUGCCAUCUGCUAGCAUGGCGUUAUCCCGAAAUUAUCAAGCUCGUGAUCAAUCAUGUCUCCACCAUCCGCAAUGACUAUCGAGCCAGUGUCCCCCGUGAGGACCUUCCAGAAGCCGAAUGUCAACAGCAUUCCCCUCCGCUCUGCCAACUCUAAGACCCUGGACGAAAUGGCCGGCAAGUGGGAGACGGACUUCACGUUCGCCCCAAUCCGUGAGUCUCAGGUCUCGCGUGCCAUGACCCGUCGCUACUUCAAGGACUUGGACACCUACGCCGAGUCGGACAUUGUCAUCGUCGGUGCUGGAUCUUGCGGUCUCAGCGCGGCGUACAUGCUCGGCAAGGCUCGCCCAGACUUGAAGAUCGCCAUCAUUGAGGCUUCGGUCUCUCCUGGUGGCGGAGCUUGGCUGGGAGGCCAGCUCUUCUCGGCGAUGGUUAUGCGCAAGCCUGCUGAUGCUUUCCUCACCGACCUCGGCGUCGAGUUUGAGGAUGAAGGAGACUUUGUCGUUGUGAAGCACGCUGCAUUGUUCACCUCCACCCUCCUCUCCAAGGUCCUUCAGUUCCCCAACAUCAAGCUCUUCAACGCAACUUGCGUCGAGGACCUCAUCACCCGCAAUGCUGGUGACCCAGCCGACCCCACCGCCGUCCAGAUCGCCGGUGUCGUCACCAACUGGACCCUCGUGACCAUGCACCACGAUGACCAGUCCUGCAUGGACCCCAACACCAUCAAUGCUCCUAUCAUCAUCUCCACCACCGGCCAUGACGGACCAUUCGGAGCUUUCUGCGUUAAGCGCCUUGUGUCUAUGGGACAGCUUGAGAAGCUCAAUGGCAUGCGUGGCUUGGACAUGAACACCGCCGAGGAUGCCAUUGUCAAGGGCACCAGGGAGAUCGUUCCAGGACUGAUUGUUGGAGGAAUGGAGCUGAGUGAGAUCGACGGAUCCAACCGCAUGGGCCCUACAUUUGGCGCCAUGGUCCUAUCUGGUUGUAAAGCUGCAGAGGCUGCUUUGGAGGCCUUUGACCAGAGAAAGGCUGAGUGCUCUGCUUAAAGCUCGCCGGUGUGAAAAUCGAGGGCGGGCAAAGCGGCAAAUCUUCAACGGUGCCGACUGUAUCCCUAGGUCUCAACGCAUAGGGAUUAGCCUUCGCUGAAUUGAAAAAAUAUGUAGCUAUGUCAAAUGGACUGUCUCUACCCUUU